AUGAUGAAAGAAGAAGAAAAAAUAGCAUUACUGAUUGAUAAUUGGAUCUACGUAAAUCCUGAAGAUCAAGAAAUAGCUAACAAUCGGUAUCAUACAAGGAUUCUUUUAUUUAUUUGCAUUUUUUCACUAGUUUUUCUACUUUAUUUCUCGAUGUUAUUACAUGAAAAGCAAAAGCAUUUGGCAUAG